GAGAAUCUGCUCGGUUUUUCCUUGGGCGGUCAAGAGGCGAGGAUCCUUCUUCACUCAUGCCGGGCGCAGGGAAGAGACGCCCCGGAGGAGCCACCAGUUCCCCCGGAGGCUCGCUCUCGAGACCCACCCGCAGCCUCCAGAAGCCUGGGAAGAAAGUUGCCGAAAAGAUGCCCGAGCGGAGAGCUGGAGCCGAAGGGAGCGACCGGUUGAGUUCUCCCGCUGUCUCCUCCCCGCCACUCAGGGCUCCGUUGCUCUUGUUCCCAAGGGUGGGGUACCACCGCAGCAUCUUCAAAGAGGAUCCCGAAGCCAUUCGCCAGAUCAGCUGUAAGCAAGGUUACCUAGCGAUGGCGCAGACACCGAACGCCGUGCAGCUUUUCGGCCGGGCGCAAGACGAACGGCAUCAGCCAGCCCUCGUGAAAAAUCGCAGAAGCAUCUGCUUAAAAGAGAAAAUCAAGAUAAAUUCACUGGAUUGUGAAGCAUCUCACCUGCUUAUUCUCUCAUCGAAUGGAAAACUUUCAGAGUAUGAUAUUACAACCCAAACCCCACAAAUAAGACUACUGAAAGAAUUAGGAAACAAAUACAUUGUACAGAUUGCAUGUGGUGACCAUCAUUCCAUGGCUCUUUCAAAAGGAGGAGAACUCUUUGCCUGGGGUGAGAAUGAACAUGGCCAGCUUGGAGUGGAAAAGAAGAUGGGUCACAUUAAGGAACCACAGCUGGUACUAGCACUGGAAGGCAUUCCUUUGAUUAUGAUUGCAGCUGGAUCUGCUCACAGCAUGGUUGUCUCUAUAUUUGGGACUGUUUACUCUUGGGGAAAGAAUACGUUUGGACAACUGGGCCUUGGAGACACAGAAGACAGAUACAUUCCUGCACAAGUCAAGGCAUUGGAGCAUAAGAAGACAGUUUUUAUUUCAUGUGGUGGCGAGCACACUGCAGUUCUCUCAAAGGAUGGAUUAGUCUGCACCUUUGGAUCUGGCUGCUACGGGCAGCUUGGCCACAAUUCCACCUGCAAUGAGCUGUUUCCGCGUCUUGUGGCAGAGCUGUUUGGUGCACAAGUGACCCAGGUAGCGUGCGGAAGAUGGCACACUUUGGUUUAUGUCCCGGCACUUGGGGAAGUAUAUGCAUUUGGCUACGGAGGAGAAGGGCAACUUGGAGAAGGAAGAACAAGUGACCAGCUGGUUCCCCUUCCUCUUGAUCUGGAUGUUCGUAAUAAACACAUGAAGUACAGAAGUACCUUGGGCAAGGUAGUUAAAAUCAUUGCUGGAGACAACCAAAGUAUUGUGCUUCAUCUGGAAGAAAAGAAUGCAUACGCUAAUGUAACGCAAACACUAGCCACAGUGGAGGAGGAAAAGUUUGCUAAGUGGUUGUCCAAUUUGGGUCCCAGCUGCUGGGAUAAUAUACAAUGGAAUAUUAAAUUGAUCUUCUCAUCAGCAGCUUGCAUCAAUGGCAGUUUUCUACACCAGAGGGAAGAAAAAUUCAGAACAUUUGAGGAGACUGUUGGUGUUGAUAUGUCAGCUGUUCUUCUUUUCUUUGAGAAGAUUGCCAGUAAGCCUAAAGUCUUCACAAAGGUGAAAAAGGCUCUGAAGAGCCUUCUGGAUUGUCCCCUUUACACUCCAACCUCGCCAGAAGCACUCAGGUUCUUCCUCAUUGUGCCCGUACUUUUACAAAAGCAAGAUUCCGAUUCGGAUCAUCUCCUUUGCCAACUGGCAAAAGCAAUCUGGAACCUCCCACAGCAAGGCAAGCAAGCCCUAGAAACUCUCUGGUCCAAUCUGGAAGUCGACUUUUUUAAGGAUCUGGUGUCCAUGUUUCAAAGGCUUAUCGGUGUUAAUAUGUUUUCGUAUUAUAAAUACCGCAGAAGUUUGCGUUCAAAGAAAAAUGACUACAUUAUACCUCUUGAGGUCUUCCAAAUGCUUCAUCAGGUAAAUUGCAGGUCUGACUUCAAAAUUCAGGAAAGUAAUUUUUAUGUACCCGAAGUAAGGAAAAUUAUUUUAUAUUGGAUUGACGCCGCAUUUUCCUACGAUUUCAAUUUACUGUGGGACCCGACAUAUGAUAUAAGGCUGGCUUUAUCAGAGUUCUGCCAAUUUCCUUUGAUAUUGAAUCUUGAAGAUAAAAUUGUGAUACAUAAAGUAAAGUGCACCGUGUUGCACAUGGAAUACACAAUGAAAAACACUGUAACCUCUACAAUGGAUAUAAGGAGGCAAUAUUUACUACAGGAUACCUUGCACUAUCUAAGAAGUGCAGAAGAAAGUUGCUUUCAGCAUUUUUUUACAGUGCAUUUUGAAGGAGAACUUGGGACCAAGUAUGGGGGCCUGAUCCAGGAAUUCUUCACAAUUAUCAGCAGACAACUGUGUAGUCCAGAAGCACAAGUAUUCAAGCACUUUGAAGACUCGAAUCGUAUUUGGUUCUCUCAUGAGGUAUCAACCCAGGAUGACAUAUAUUUUUUAAUUGGGAACCUGUUUGGAAUAGCGCUCCACAAUCUGAUGAUAAUUGCUUUGCCCUUUCCUCUUGCGUUGUUCAAGAAAUUGGCAAAUAUUGAGCCGACGCUGGAAGAUUUAAAAGAACUCUCUCCUACAGUUGGACGUACUCUUCAGAAUAUACUGGAUGAACGCUAUGAUGACAACAGUAGAAAAGUGUAAAGGAUCCAUAUCUGAGGUUAACUUGAAAGAAAACGGUGCCAACAUACCUGUUACUUCAUACAACAGAAAAGAAUACGUUGAUGCUUACGUGAAUUACAUCUUCAAUGAGUCCGUGAAGAAGCAGUUUGGGGACUUCGUGCGUGGAUUUCAAAGAGGUUGCCCAAGUACAACGUGGAAAAUGUUUCUUCCUGUUGAACUCCGCGGUAUCCUGUUUGGAAACACCGCAUAUCAAUGGGACCAAUUGGAAAAGAACGUCAAAUAUAGAGGUUUUGAAGAGUCAGAUGAAACAAUCAAGAACUUUUGGACAGUGUUUUAUGACUUUCCUGAAGAAAGCAAGAAGGAUUUUCUUGCUUUUCUCACAGGAACCGUUCACAUUCCAGGAGAAACGAUGGACAAUUUCUCAAUUACUAUUGCUGACGUAAAUCAAGAAAAUCAAGACCAAUUGUUGCCCAUGGUUCACACUUGCCAUCAAACUUUGUUUCUCCCGAGAUACACCGAUAAACACAUUCUUACAAAAAAGUUAUUGGAUGCUAUAGAAAACUUUAGGGACUUUGGCCUGGCUUGAAAGCCAGAUGUGGCCUUUAUUCUGCUAUGAUACUUGGACAUUUGGUUCUUACGCCCAGGAGGGCUGGAAUAUUUAAAUUCAGCAUCCCGCAUCACCAUGCAGCUUCCUGAGUGAUCUUGGACUAGUGCAUCACAUGAUGAUAAAAGGAGCAAUGAGCCUUUGUGCAGACCAGUGAUUCUUGAAGAAAGAAAGAAUAAAUAAAUGGUUAUGUAACCCCGAUGUGUGCUAUAUUUGUCUUUGGAGAAGGGCGACAGCUUGAUAUAAAGAUGCUGAAAUAUUAUAUAAUUGCAUUGCAGUUCCUGUUCUGUGUAGUAGAAUUAUUGCUAAGGAAGCAGCAAAGCAUCACUGUCUUCAAGAUGUCACAACAUCCACGCACCAUGACAAGAGACUGUA